GGAGCCUCCCCGCCGGGCCGCCCCGAGGCCGCGCUGGACGGGCAGAUCCCGGCGGGGGCGUCCCGGGCGCGGGGAGGAGAAGGAGGAGGCGGGCGCCGCCGCCGCCGCCGCUUCUUCUGCUUGUGCUGCCAUCAUGCGCGCCCGGUUGUGGCCUUCCCUAACGGAAACCAGCCAUCGGAGGACGCGUUGAGGCUGCCCCGAAAUCGGAUGGUUCCGGGGUUGAGAUGGCAGCCCUGUACGGCAGCGAGGUGAAAUGCGUCAGCGUGGAAUGGGAUUUCCUGCAAGGCUUAUUAGUGAAGAACCAGCCGGUGCCUUGCCUCCAAGCCCUGCGCAAGGAGAAGUCCCGAAACGCUGCACGCUCUCGCCGGGGCAAGGAGAACUUUGAGUUCUACGAACUGGCCAAGAUGCUGCCGCUGCCCGGAGCCAUCACCAGCCAGCUGGACAAGGCCUCCAUCGUCCGGCUCACCAUCAGUUACCUCAAGAUGCGUGACUUUGCCAACCACGGAGACCCGCCCUGGAGCCUGCGGGCAGAAGGGCCUUCCCCGCCUGGCAAAGCUGCUGGCCGGAGGAAUAUGAACACCCUGCUAACAGAGCUCUUUGAACAGCACUUAGGGGGCCACAUUCUACAGUCUCUGGAUGGGUUUGUGUUUGCACUGAACCAGGAGGGAAAAUUCCUUUACAUCUCCGAGACGGUGUCUAUUUACCUUGGGCUCUCGCAGGUGGAGCUGACGGGGAGCAGCAUCUUUGAUUACGUCCACCCUGGAGACCACCCUGAGGUCGCUGAGCAGCUGGGCCUGAAGCCUCCCUCGGAGACGUCUCACUCGACGCGCCCAAAAGCGCCCACCCUGGCCACUGCCACCUCCUCUUCUGGGCUGACGGAGACCUCUGAAUCUGAUCCAGCCAGCUCCCAUCCUGCUGAGGGCGACGUUUUGGACCGCUCCUUUUUCAUCCGUCUGAAAUCCACCCUGACCAAGAGAGGGCUUCACGUGAAAACUUCCGGUUACAAGGUGAUCCACGUCACGGGCCGCCUCCGCCCCCGGCUGCCGUCCUUCUCCCACGCCCACUCCCUGCUGGGCCGCGUGAUGGGGCUGGUGGCGCUGGCCCACACCCUGCCCCCUUCCACGCUCAGCGAGGUGCGCAUCGAGUGCCACAUGUUUGUCUUCCGGGUCAACAUGGACUUGCAGAUCGUGUACUGUGAGAGCAGGAUCAGCGAUUAUAUGGACUUGACCCCCUCGGAGCUCGUGGGCAAAAGCUGCUACCAGUUCAUUCACGGCGAGGAUGUGGAGGGAAUCCGGCAAAGUCACCUGGACUUGUUAAACAAGGGGCAGGUGGUGACCCAGUAUUACCGCUGGCUGCAGAAGAACGGGGGCUUCGUGUGGGUCCAGUCGUGCGCCACCAUCUCGGUCAAUGUCAAGAACCCCACCGAGAAGAACAUGGUCUGGGUGAACUACAUCCUCAGCAAGCCGGAGUGUAAGAACACCGUGCUGGACAUAUUCCAGCUGCCUGGGAUCCCUGCAAGACAGACGGAGGCCGUUGAGGUGGGGCCAGAAUUCAAAGAGAGCAGCCUUGCCAAAGAGAGCAGCCAUGGAAGGAAGCUUUACUCCCCCAGCAAACCCGGCUCCCUAGCCGAGGGCUACCCCCGGAGCGCGGCAGAGGCCGGUGCCCGAUGCCGCCUGGCAGAGACCGAUUCCAGCGGCCCGGAAACGAGCUACCGGGAGGAGGAGCUGUCAGACGGAGGCGGCGGGAGCGACACCGAGGGACCGCCCAGCAAGCACAUCAAGCUGGAGUUCCAGCCAGAGAGCCCCUCGCGGGAGGCAAAGGAAGCCAGCUCCGAGGAGUCAGACAGCGGCAGCGAAUCUGAGCUGGGCCUCCUCCCACAGCAGAGGGCGUCCCUGGCGAGGAAAGCCAACGGCUGCAAGGCCGGGGGGCGGAGGAGCGCAGGGCCCGGCCGCCCAGAGUUUGCCUCCGUCAUCCAGACUCAGAAGAGCUCCGUUCUGAAAGCCACCCCAGCCCCUAACAUUAAAUCUGAGCAGCCCCCCGGUGCCAAGGGAGCCCCCUGGACCUGUCCUGCCGCCCACAAGGGCAGCCCUUACACUGUGAACAAAGCACUUAGCUUAGAGAAGCCCUCUCUGCGGCCCGCCUCUUCUCACCUGUACGUCUCCAUCCCGGACUCUGUGCUCACCCCGCCCGAGAUGGAGAGCGGCGCCCCCAAAGGGCCUUUCGGCACCUCUCCCCGGACCGUCCCGGCGGCCUCCUCUUCGGCGGACACUCUCUCGCCCCCGCUCUCGGGCUCCCCGUGCGAGGAGAGGGCCACGUCCACGCCCUUCACGCCGCUCCUCUACCCCGCCGACAUGGAGGUGCUGCAGCGGUUCCACGCAGGCAACGUGGUUGUGCCGCUGGUGCACCAGCUGGGCGGCCCGCAUGCCGGCACAUCCGGCUCGCAGGGCCUUUACGCCACCAGCACCAUCCGGUACGCCCCUGCCGACAUGACGCUCGGCAUGCAAAGCAACGUGCUGCCGCCUUCCCACCCCAUCAACCUCAUGGACAUCGGUGGCGCCGAGGCCAAGACGCCCCGGGAACUUAUGUACCACCACCUGCAGCGGUUGAACAUGGUUGCGCCCUUCGGGAACUCGGCCAGCUUGGCCCAGAUUUCAGGGGGAGCCUUUGCCGCGACGGACUCCUUGUUUUCCACGCUGCCCUUCUCGAUGGCCGGCAGCGGGGUCCACGGUGCCUCGGCUUUGGAACGCAAGGAGGACUGAGUCUGUGGCCAAACUCUGUGCCGGGCAGAGCCAUCGAUAAAAGGUCCUGUGUGCCCCUUUUAGAGGAAAGCUCAGUGCCAACUUCCCUGCCGCCGGGGGAAGAAAUCUUUGUUCUCUAACCAAUCCCUGCGUGUCUCAUCUUUUCAUAGCACCCCUUUCUAAACCUCUGGCAAAUUAGUAGCGUGACCAUCUCCUCGGCAGUCUUGUGUUCCACUCUUGCUCCUUGCCUGGCCACCCAGUUAGAAACUGCUGUUCUGGUUGCGGAACGAAUUCAGGAGUUAGCCCAGUGCAAAUGCGGAGUUCGGGAGUUUAACCCAGGGCAAAGUCGGUGCAACUUUCCUGGGAAAGAUGAAAGAGGUAUUCUACAUUCGUUCUCGUCUGUCUUCCUGCUGCUACAAGUUGACUUCCUUCCUCCACCAUACUUGCUGGGGACUUUGGGGUGGGCUUUUUUUGUAUGUAUGGGGGUUAUGUUUAGGCCCUGCAGGUUUUUCUGUUGAGAGGACCACCUGCCUGCUAGCCAAGGCGAGUGUAACUCG